AUGGACAGGGGAAUUCAACAGCUGAACGAACCAGGAUUUGAGAUAUUCGAGGUUGAUGAUCCCAACGUUUAUGCUUCCAUAACAGCUGUAAAUAUCGGUAUCGUUUACGUAAAGAACCUUACAGCACAGGUGGUCUGCAAAAAGUGUCAAAGGAAUUUUGCAAUCAGCCGAAACAAGCAGUGCCAAUGCAGAAAUGACCUUGUCUACCGUUUUACGCCCAUUUUUUACCGGAACAGCUAUAUUGGCGGGUUAGUGUUGAAUUCGCUGGUUUUAAUAUGCUUUGAAACACCGGAGGUUAUCUUAAGUUGUUUGAAUUGUGGUUCGUACUACAACAUCAAAGAAAAAAGUGCAGAGUUUUGCUGUUUUAACUGCAAUACGUUUACAAAAUAUAAACUCAACAAAGUCUGGUUGAAGCAUUCAAAGAAAGAACAGGGCAAAGAAUACGUUCCCGUCAGAGGCACUCCUUUGCCCGAAAAUGGUGCCUGCAAGCAUUACAGAAAAUCAUUCAGGUGGUACAGAUUUCCUUGCUGCAAUAAGCUGUUUCCAUGUGAUGAAUGUCAUAACGAAAGCGCUGACCACGAACUCAAGCGAGCCGGUAAGAUGAUUUGCGGGUUUUGCGCAGAAGAGCAGAACAUUGCGAGGGAGUGUAAAUGCCAGGGCCGAACUUUGAAGGGACAUUGGAAUGCAGGAAAAGGAACAAGAAAUAAAGAAUUGAUGAGCAAGAAAGACAAGCAGAAAUAUAAGAAGUAAUAAAACUGUGCUUUUGUGUACGAA